CAAUGACUGAGCAAUCAAUGUAUAAACAGUUGACGCAAACAGUGAUUAAAAAUAAAAAUAAAAUUAAAAAAACUAUUGUUUUAUUGUUUAUCACUUUAAUUAGUCAUUAAUUAUCUGUUUGUUUAGUUUUUUUUAUUUAUUAAUAAUUUGAUCACACAUUUGAUCCGCCGUUCAAUUGGAUUCUCUAACUUUGUAGAUGAGCUAUAAUUUUGUGACCAUUAUUUGACAGACAAACAGACAAUCAUAGCUACCGUCGAGGAAGUGUCAGAAGAUAUAUAUGAUAUCAUAAGUGCUGGUUGUGUUUGGGGGUCAAUAACUCUCUCGCUCGAGAAGCUGAGGAAGAAGAAGAAGAAGUAGUGGUGGUCUUUGGACAUCCAACUAUGAGAUGGUCGACAAAGUGCUAAACCUGUUGUCACCGAAACUCGAAAGACUAGCAAACAUUAGUCUUUCAACUGAUUAUCAACACUUCAGAAGCAAUGUGUCGCUCAAGAAAGUCAUUGUUGACGACGACUCAUCGAAAGUGUGGUCACUAUACGAUUGCGGACCAAAGACUGUCACAUCACCGCUGAUAUGUUUGCCGCCGGUCAGUGGCACUGCCGAUGUCUUCUUCCGAUUGCUGAUAGAUUUGUCGGCCAAAGGCUAUCGAGUAAUUUCGGCUGAAUAUCCAGUCUAUUGGACAGUUAGAGAGUUUGUCAAUGGAUUCUCUCGCCUAUUGGAUCACAUGAACUUAGAGAGAGUUCACGUAUUGGGUGCCUCUUUGGGCGGAUUUUUGGCCCAAAAGUUUGCCGAAAGUACUUAUCAAAGCCAUCGCAUUCAGUCAUUAAUUCUGGUCAAUAGUUUUGCCGAUACAUCGGUCUUCAAUCAUACAGAAUCGGCAGUCAUGUUUUGGAUGACUCCGAGCGCUUUGCUCAAGAAGCUGGUAAUGGGAAGUUCGUCAAUGAUUACCACAUCGAAAGAUGAUCAAUAUAUUAUUGAUGCCAUCGAAUUCAUGUCCGAACGAUUGGAUACAUUACCUCAACCAGAAUUGGCCUCCAGAUUGACAUUGAAUUGUAUCAGUUGUUAUGUUGAACCGCAAAGACUCAACAACAUUGAUAUCACAUUAUUAGAUGUGUUUGAUCAAUGCGCAUUAAGCCAAUCGGUACGCGAAGAACUGUACAAACUAUAUCCCGAUGCCAGGAGAGCACAUCUGAAAACGGGCGGCAAUUUUCCGUAUCUUAGCCGAUGGGAUGACGUUAUUAUGCAUAUUGUUGUUCAUUUGCGGCCAUUUCAAAAUACAAAAUAUUCCGCUUAUUCCGACCACAUUGAAUUGGCCACACAGGUUAUGGCCGACGACGGCAAUGGCGGCGACGACGACAACGACUUGCAUGAAACGACGCCAACAUUUAUCGGCGACAACGCUGUUGCUCAAGACAUUUAGAGAUCGGACAAAAUGGGUUUCAAAAAAAAAAAAACAAAACAAAACAAAAUAUAAAAC